AUGUUCACUUGUUCCUCAUAUUUUCUUCAUUUAAAAAACAAAAAAGAAAAAGAAAAAUAUUAACCAGAUCAUGUCAUAGUCCAAGAAGAUCACUUCCACAGCUACGACAAUGUGAGGGGCAAACUCGUCACAAAACUCGAAUCAACCCUAUAAAUAACAUUCUCACGAGAAUCCCAAACUCCCAUGCAACAACACUUGAUUCACCGCUUCAUUAACUUCACUCACACACACAACACAAGAGAGACACUGUUACUGUUAGUGUUUUCACUCCACAACAGAGUGUAUAUAUAUAUAUGGUAAUAUAGUGCAAAUAAAUAUAAAUAUUCCGAGAACGUGAUUUCGCAAUGUACGGCGUUAGGUCAAUAACAGUGGUGGCGGCGGCGUUGGUAUUGCUGGCCCUGAGCUCCGGCGUGGAGGCGUGUCCGCCGUCGGACAGGGCGGCGCUGCUGGCGUUCAAGGCGGCUCUCCACGAGCCCUACCUCGGAAUCUUCGACUCGUGGACCGGCGCCGACUGCUGCCGGAAGUGGUACGGCGUGAGCUGCGACCAGGAGAGCCGCCGCGUCGCCGACAUCAACCUCCGCGGCGAGUCGGAGGAGCCGAUCUUCCAGCGCGCGCGCCGCACCGGCUACAUGACCGGCUACAUAUCGCCGGCGAUCUGCCGCCUGGCGCGCCUCUCCAGCCUCACCAUCGCCGACUGGAAGGGAAUCACCGGCGAGAUCCCGCGCUGCAUCACAGCGCUGCCGUUCCUCCGCAUCGUCGACCUCAUCGGAAACCGCCUCUCAGGCAACCUCCCCGCGGACAUAGGGCGGCUCCACCGGCUGACGGUGCUGAACGUGGCCGACAACGGCAUCUCCGGCACGAUUCCCGCCUCGGUGGCGAACCUGACGAGCCUGAUGCACCUGGACCUCCGCAACAACCUCAUCUCAGGGCCCAUUCCGAGAAGCUUCGGCAGGCUUCGGAUGCUAAGCCGGGCCUUGCUGAGCGGCAACCGGCUUAGUGGGCCCAUCCCGGCCUCCAUUUCGGAGAUUUACCGGCUGGCGGAUCUGGAUCUGUCUCGUAACCAAAUCUCUGGGCCCAUUCCGGAGGCCUUGGGUAAGAUGGCGGUGCUAUCGACGCUGAAUUUGGACUUUAACAAACUCUCUGGGCCCAUUCCGGUGAGCCUUUUUAGCUCGGGAAUAAGUGACUUGAACUUGAGCCGUAACGCGUUGGAGGGGAAUAUUCCGAACGCGUUUGGGGUUAGGUCUUAUUUCACGGUUCUGGACUUGUCGUAUAAUAAGCUGAAAGGGCCCAUACCCAAGUCCAUUUCCUCUGCUUCCUAUAUUGGACACUUGGAUUUGAGUCACAACCAUUUGUGUGGGAAGAUUCCCCUUGGAUCUCCCUUUGAUCAUCUUGAAGCCUCCUCCUUUGUUUACAACGACUGUCUCUGCGGGAAACCACUCAAACCUUGCUAGUUCCAAUGUACAAUGGAAACACAUAUAUAUUUGUAAUUUGCCAUAGCCCAUAGGAUAAUUACAUUAGACUCGUCUGUUUGUGUGUUGCCAUCACUCAUGUCUCAUGGUGUUGGUGUGGUGAUUGCCAAAUAAAAUGCAAGUUCCCUUCA